UAGACGCAGCACGUGCGUCCGCCGCGACCGACGUCGCUCGCGGCCGCUCCACUCCGCCUCGGCUCCGAGCCGAGCUACGUGCUGCCAGUUACUCGUACUAUCUCGUAGUACUACUUCGCGCUCUACCCCGACAAAACUUCACGUAAACCGCGUUGUGAUAGGCAUCCUAGUGAAACUUUCUGCACAAAUACACUCAAAAGUUCCGUCUUCGAAUCUUGCGUCGGGUUUUCUUCCAAAAAUAAAUAAAUUAUUUAUAACCUCGUCGAGUUAGAAAGUAAACAUUUGUAUCUGCUUUCCUAUCGUAUAGUGGCCUUGCUUGUUAUCUUGCACCGGUGAAGCUUAUUGUCACGUUUUCGAUAGUUAAUUGUGAUUGUUCUAUUUCUGUAAGAGUUUUGUGGUUCGUAGAGUUUACAUUUAUAGUAUUGUUAUGAUGUGGUUAGAAGUAUUUUUGGUGAAUAGAUUAAUAAUAUAGGCUUAAACGAAGAAACGCAACGAUGUGCCUUAUCCUACAGUAAUAUUGUCGUUAGUUGAUUUGUUCUGCGCUCCCGAAGUUGUAACUCGGAAGUUUACGUGAGUCUGAGUCACCGCCAACAUGACGCAGUGUUGCAAGAUUAUUAUUUUCUUCACUCUACUUCUUCUACCAGAGCCUGCCCCUGCUUGGAGAUCUGACACGGUAAAACAAUGGGCAAGAAAUUUGGGAGAAGAGCUAUGGCGGCUUAGUGAAUCAUUGACGAAAUCAGACCAAAUCAGGAUUAAAUACAAACAAAUGAACGCUAGUGUUAAAAAGAAAGAUGGAAAGCAAAUACUGGAUUCAUCAUUACGCUCCGUCAGUACGAUGCUCACAAGAAAGAUUAAUGCUGUUAAGUGUAUUCAUGCCACAGCCGAGCGUCUUGCGGCAAAUUUUGAGUUCGAUAAAAACAGGACAGAUUACACAUAUUGCUCCGCGAAAUACUCACAAUUUUAUGACGAAAGCGGGGAAAAGAUCGAGCCAGGCGAGAAUAUACCUAAAUUCGCAAUAAACAAUUCGCACUACAAAGAGGUGUGGCUGGAAAGGGAUUCCCAUUUUUAUGAUAUCAAUGUUAAUACAAGCACCAGCUGUAUCCAUGUACCUACAAAUAUUUUUUAUCAAGAGACUGCAGCACUAAACGCAAUACUGUGGUCGAAAAAGUUAAAUCAAGUUUUCAUAAACAAUUACAAAUCUGAUCCAUCACUGGUCUGGCAAUAUUUCGGAAGUGCGCACGGUAUUUUGCGUUUUUACCCAGGGAUGCCAUGGAAAAAGGAAGGGGUUGACACUUAUGAUUGUAGAGUUAAAUCUUGGUACAUAGAAGCUGCUACGUGUUCCAAAGACGUGAUUGUACUUUUCGACGUUUCUGGCUCAAUGACGGGCUUCAAAAACUACGUGGCGAGGAGAACAUUAGACGCCCUUUUAGCCACUUUGUCCAAUAACGAUUACGUGAACGUAUACAAGUUCAAUGCGACGACUUUGGAGGUCGUGAAUUGUUUCAAGGGUCUCGUUCAAGCGACCCCAGAGAAUGUGGCGACAAUAACAGAUGCCCUAGAACCACUCGAAGACGGGAAAAAGCCAAAAGUUAAGCUGGAGGGUAAUGCUAACCUAACGACGGCCUAUAUCAAAGCUUUUAAGACACUUAAAGAGGAGAGAACGAGGAAGCAGUGUAACGUGAGUAGUCCUCUAGGCUGUAAUCAACUGGUGAUGCUGAUUACAGACUACGUACCAGGGAACCUCACGGAGGUGUUUGAGGAAUAUAACAGAGAGGUUAUUGAUAACAAGACGUAUAUACCCGUGAGGGUGUUCACUUACCUCAUUGGAAAAGAGGUCACUAAUGUACGUGAAAUACAGUGGAUGGCUUGCCUUAAUAGAGGUUACUUCGUGCACAUUCACUCAGUGGAGGAGGUUCAGCAGCAGGUGUUGAAGUACAUCAACGUGAUCGCUCGCCCCAUGAUCUUAGAGGGCGACAACCCGCCCCCCACAUGGACUCACGCUAACAUCGACGAUACGAGGACUAUCUCGUGGGGUGUAAGCAAGGACGUCAAAAAGCCGGAUGAAGAUAAGUUGGUGACGUCGGUGGCGAUACCUGCGUUUGACUACAAGUUAGACAAGUUUCGCAACAACGCGUUACUCUUGGGAGUCGCGGGCACUGAUGUUCCUAUUGACAGCAUAGCGAAGCUCGCGCAGCCACAUCAGCUUGGUGUCAAUGGAUACUCGUUUAUUGUGAGCAAUAAUGGAUACCUACUCCUACACCCAUUGCUGAUAACUACGAUCAACAACGAAAUGCAAAAAAACUAUAAUAGUGUUGAUUUCGUCGAAGUUGAGCAAGUGGACGAUGGCAAAGGGCCUAGAGAGUUAGGAGACAAGAUCAAAAGGCUAAGAGAAAACUUGGUCAAUGCAAGCGAUGGCAGCAUGACUGAAGUUGAGGUUCUCUUUCAUUACGAUAAUAUGAGGAGGAUUGCUCGCGUAAAACACGACUAUUUCUUCAACAGAUUGGAAGGCACUCCGUUUUCAAUGGGUAUAUCGUUACCCAUGGGAUACGGAGAUACGGAGCUCAUGCUAAAAGAUAAUCCCCUGGAGGCGAAACAAGGACAAGAGCUUGUCGGUGUUAAUGUCACCACAUAUUUCGAUUUCGCUUACCGAGUUCACCCUGACUGGGUAUACUGCAAAUACCACUAUUUAGAAGGGCACGAGUCCCAAAACUCUGAGAUUGAAAUUUUUAAAUUCUUAGUUAAUAUAUCAAGAAACGAGAUAGAUAUAACCAAAAAACAAUACGGAGAAGAAGUGCAAAGUGUUGAAUUUAAUGUAAGCCAGCACUGCAGCACUACGCCUUUAGGGAAAGAUGAGUACUACUGCAACGAAGAUUUAGUAAAACAAUUAGUUUUUGACGCGAAGCUCUCAACUCCAUACUUCAGAACAUGGGAAGCCAGUGAGGAGGAACGGAGUUUAGCUGAGAAAUACAACGUGAACGUGCGUUUUAUCGCCACAUCUAGUGGUAUGACAAGGUGGCAUUAUAUCUUUGAUGAUUCUAAAAAUGAAAAGGUUGAUAAAGAAGGCAAUAGAAUGAAAGAGUAUCCUGGAGAAGUGUUCGGCGAUCUUUACUAUAAUGCAAUUGAAGAAACGUGGUAUAAAGCUGCCGUCUUGCAACACAUGAUAGACAAAGAGUCGUUAGUGAUCGCCACGAAACUGCCUGUGCUAGACAAGAGCAUUAAAUCAAGACCAGCGAUUACUAAUGCAGACGGUGAUAUUAUUGUUACUGCUAGUUAUGCGAUCUUCUACAAGGAUGGUGACUCGGAGACUCCAGCGGCGGUUGUCGGCUUCCAAUAUAUGUUUUCUAACUUCCAAGAGAUAUUUUAUAAAAUGACUGAAAGUACCGAGGGUGAUUUGAAAUGUGACGAGUACAGUAACUACGACUGUUACGUCAUAGACAGUUCAGGGUAUGUAGUAAUGAGCAGGGAGAGUACGGAUGUGGGAAAGUUCUUCGGAUCCGUGGGGUCAGGGAAGCAUACCCAGCAAGUCAUGCAAUCCUUCGUUGACAAGAAAGUGUUUGAAUAUACGGAAGUGUUUAACUACCAGGCGUUGUGCCCUGAUAGCCUGCUUCCAGAACCUAAUUGCGCUUUCUCUAUAGACACACCGUUUCGCCUUGCAACGAAUUUCUUCAAAUGGUUGUUAGCUGAGGCCUUUUUAGUAAUAUUAAACAUUUUUAAUUGGAAUGAAUAUACCUACGCAGCAAGUUUCCAAGACAUGUACGAUUACGUGGCCGAUGAUAACGAGUUUAUCGAAAUAGAAACGGAGACAGAUUCAUAUGAUAGCACUACGACCAACGUUCCGCCACUCAAAAACAAUACUAAGCCCUCAGAGACCGAAAAGGAAAAAGUAUUUUCUUGCGAUCACAGCAUCACACUGUAUAUUUUGAAUCAGUUAUACUUCCUGAACUCGAUGGGGCUAUAUCCAAUAGUAAGUGAAGAAAAAGGAGGGGAUUGCUUUCCACCAUAUUGGGCUUCUCUGGUUACAAAAACCAAUUUACUAUUGGUGGUAGUUGAAAAGAGUACUGGGACUUAUGAAGGUUGCAAGGAGCCGCCAAAAAUUGACCCAAUACCGACCCCGGAAUCUGUGAAGAGUCGUGAACCUUGCCAUAAACUGGACUUAGGACGGUUGCCCCGGAGACCUUUGGAAGGAUGUUAUACUUAUCACGACAAGGAAAGAAACAUAACGGACUGCGGUUUAGGAAGCCUUACGAGAGCAAAUAUUUUAACACAAAUAUGUAUGACCCUAUUAGCGCUGUUAGUAUCAAAAUUAUAUUCGUGAUAAAUUAUUAUGUACGUAUAAAAGAAGUUAUUUAUUGAAAAUUACAAAAUGAUAUAUUUCGUCCCAUAGAUUUGUACCUUUCUUACUUUCGGAAUAAAAAUAUUUAUCCUUC